GUCAGUUCGCGAUUGAUAGUCGGAGUGAAAAGACGCAGUGUACUAUACGUUUACAAGCGGAAGGAGUAUUGUGUAUUGAUUAGCGACUCCGGCGAUUGUUUAAUAGUAUCGUAUGAAUUUCGUAUAAUGAAUGAUAAAUCGCUUUGAAAAAUAUUAUAUCCUAAUAAAAUGACUUGUGUUUUGUCUAUGCCGGCUUUGUAUACGAACUCAUUUAGCGAGGGCGAUGCAGAUAUACGAAAUAUGGGAUCUGAAAGUUUUGAUUUGAACUGGAUCACUGACCAAAAUCUACAUUCCGAAUUAUCCGAUAAUCAAAGAUGUGCCACCCCUUGUCAUUUAGAAGCAAGCACGAGUUCAUCUAUGUCAUGCCGAAUGGAAAUUUCAGAUGAGCUUUCUGGAAAUGUUAAACACGAACAAUUGAAUGUGCAUACCGACGAAGAUUUUGACACGGACAUUAAACCAACUGAGUCGGAAAAGCAUUUUCCUAUAAACGGUAAUCAGCGUGCAAUUAACCUAUUUGAUAUGUGCAAAAAGGCAGAUGUGUUUCCGGAUCAUAUAAAGAACUAUGGAGUCAAACGAAAAGCGGAAAUAAGGGAGUCAGAAGAAGUCUAUAUUCCACCUAAAAGAGUCUCACCUUUCUUAAACACGCCAAAGGAAAGAAAAGACGAACGAAAGAAAAUUUUGAAAAUAUCAGUUAAAAAGAUAAAACAGUUAGAUAACCCCGAAACCUAUCUUAGAAGAACAGUCCUUGUGAAUAACACAAUGAAACGUCUUCAAACAGAAUUAAGACAACAAAAGCGUAGAACAAAGAAAUUUACAUCAAGUAACAGAACGCCCUUCAGGGGCUAUGAUCUAACUAACAACGACUGUAUGUCAGAUACUUAUUUGUUUGAUGAUCCUUUCCUAAGUGGAAUCCAUGAGAAAAUCACAGACGAUAUGACAGACACACUCAUUAAUAACGUGUUUCAUAAUAAAACGAAUAACGAGAGUAAAGAGUCUAAUGUUAGUGAAAAGUCAGACAUAAGACCUAAUCAACAGGAAGUUCCUGACACUGGCAAACAAGCGUGCAUUGACCCAAGAAUCUUUACGUCUUUAAAUGAAGACAACUCAGACAAUAUUCCUAGUUCCAAGAAUAACACUGUUAUAGAGUGUAAUAUUUUGACGUGUUUAGACAAUAGAACAGGUACGCCUGAAGAAAUGCCUGUUGACAGGUGCUAUGAGUUGGAGGUUGUAAACAGGUGCAUUGUAAACAGUUGUGAAGAAAAUGUAAGAACAAUUUGCUAUGAUGACAGUGAAAUAGUGAAUGUAGGUGAAAGUGACACUCGGUCUAAAGAAAACAUUAGAUGACAUAGAAGUAAACUACAAGACGUGGUUAGUUAUCAAAACUUGAAAUGUGAUAAGUAUAUUAAACCCGAGAACCUCUUAAUUGUUUAGAAUUCAAUAAAUGUUAAAAUAAACUGUGCAGACAUUAUUUAACACCUGUUAUAGAUUUUCUGCGUAAAACGGCACAUGAACGGUGAAUGAACAAAUAAUUCUGUAGGUUGGAUCUGUUGGAACUCGAUGAAAAAUGGACCAGAAGUUGUUUUCGCAUUCGUUCAACACAAUCUUGCCUGGAUUUCAAAUUAAUCAUAGCAUUAUAAUUCCUUGUUGAAUACAGAACCAUGAUCUUAGAAUACACUGUUUGGAUCUGUUUAUGUAAGAGAGAGAGAGAGAGAGAGAGAGAGAGAGCGAGAGCGAGAGAUCGGAAUGAUAAAGGUGUGAUUUGAUCUGAAAUUUAUACUUUAAUCUAUCUAGCCAUACUGGAUACACUGCUGUUCAUUAAGUUGCUUAUUUCUAGAUCUGUAACAACAUUCAUUUAGCAAGUGCACACAGUGUAAUCUAGACAACUAAUUAGAAUGUAGAUUAAAUCGAUCUAUAGGAAUGAUUAUUUUUGGAUUGGUAUAGGAAAAGUAAGAAGAGUCAAAUACAAAGCGGCAAGAACGAACCGUCCAAUCGGCUAUUGACCGACCAUGAACUGACAUAUUUUACACAAACAUUGGGCAAUAUACUCUAGGGCCGUCACGACCGACUACAUGAUAAUGUACAUAAUUCUCCAACAUGAGUCUGUAGUCUACAUAAAAUUUAUGUUUUGCGCCACGGAAAAUUGAUUUACGCGGAAUGAAUUUAUGUAGGUUUUAUGUCUAUUUUACGAGCAACAUAUUCCUCUGCUCAUGUUAGGUUUUUAUUCUAAUAUUCUAUUUUAGUUGCUGAUCUUCAGCAUUUAAACAGAUCUUUUAUAUUUGAUUUUUCCCCAGCCUUUUAUCUCAAGUCUUCAUGCAUCAAAAUGAAAUUUGAAACAUGUUACAAUAAUUAUGCGUGAUGUAUAGCGGGUUUAGAAACCAGGGAAAUCUGUCAUUUCCCAAGUGGUUUUCUAUCACAGAUGUAAUACAAUUGUAAUGUUUCAUUUCAUUCGUUCAAAGUUAUUUGAAGAACAAUCUGAAAUAGUUCCGUUUUAGUUUUACCAUAUUUCUGCUAAAUAAUUGAAAUGGGUAUUUAUCAGAUGUACAAGAGAACGUGUCUAAUCCGGAUGAACUUCAGGAUAGACAUGAGUUUAGUCCGGCAUGUAGACGCUUUUGUCCGCUUUGUUCAGAAUUUCAAACAAUUAAGUACAGAUGCUGGUUUUUAUUUACCAUUAUAAUGUAUAAUUAAAGCAUUUAGUGAAAGAAUACUUCAUGAUGCUUCUACCUAAAAUCAGUUUUUUCUUCUUCGUUUUUUGGUCUUGUUAUUAAACUCGUUAACUCAUUUUAAAAACAUAUGACCAUUUGCAGAAUACAGUAUGAAUUAUUA